UUAAAUUUAAAAUGCCAUGUCACCUUCCCUUCUGUCAGUACUCUCGAUGAAACCUCUGAACUGAGCGGAGCUUAUCAAUGGCGUCCCAAAUGGCGAUCCUCUCCAGAGCCCGUAAAACCCUCCUCAAAACCCUAAACCACCACAACAAUCCCUUUAAAGCUUCCAUUUCCACCUUCACAUUCCUCUCCCUGGAAGCCCAACUCGCCGAGCCCAGCCUUCCCCCGCCAUCUCCCACUCCACUUCCUCCCAACCCCGCCUCAGGGAGCCCGCUCUACAAGUAUUUUUUAUGGAUGGAUCUUUACUUUAUUUAUAUCAGGAUGCUGCAGACAGGAAAAGAAUCUAUGGCUGAUGAUGAGUCAUAUGAAUUGGUUGUUGGUAUGCUGUUUUUGACAGACCAGAUUGAUGCUGCCUUGAGAUAUGUUGAUUUGACUUUGAAAUCUGGUUAUAUGUUGUCAAUGAGGGUUUUUGCUGAGUGUGUGAGAAGUUGUGUUAACAAAGGCAGGCUGGAUGCUUUGGUGUCUAUUAUAGAGAGGUGCAAGACAAUGGAUCAAAAUAAAGCUCUUUCUCCCUCCUGGAACAUAUGGAUUGCUCGGGGUGAGAAUGCAAGGGGUCAUGUUCUACUCUCUGUGGAUGAGGGGCUUGUUGUAUCAACACUUGGAACUGCUGCAUUGGGGGAUUUGCAGAGAGCAUUCAGCACUCUGCAUAAGUUUGAAACCGCUUAUAGGAACUCCCCCAAAGAAGCAGAAGAGGAUAUAUUCUCACCUUUUACAUCUUUACAUCCUUUGGUAAUGGCAAGCUCCAAGAAGGGUUUUGAAACUUUGGACACGGUGGGUAGAUUCUUGAAGUGGGAGCUUUGUCACGAUUAA